AAUACUUGCUUACUUUUUUCUUUACAAAUAAAAAAAAAGAUAGAAAAUGUCGGAAAGUGGUUGUGUUAAAUUCUGUGAAUUUUAUGUGCUUUGCAAUAUUUAGUUCGAUUUUACAUUAUUUUAUUGUUCUAUUAACCCUGUACUAUAAGGUCAAUACUUCACCGAAAGAAAUAACCGUAAUUUUUAUCAAUUGGGAAUGUAUUUUGACUGACCGAAUUGCAGUGGGGAGCAUCUGACAACGAGAUUAUGUUCAUAGUUUAUCUCAAUAUUUGUAAAUAAUCUGGAAGCAUUUCUUAGUGUCCCUUGUCCCGUGCCAGGAGGUACAUAUUUACAUAAAUUGGGACAACGGUGAAUCAAAAAAUUUUAAUUUAUCGGAUAACGCCAGCCCACAAGAUGGCCGACUGUUAUUCGUAAGAUAAUGUCCGGUGCAUCUGGUUCAUCAGGAAGUGGUACAGGCCGGGGCCGCGGUGGAGCAAACUCUAACGGGACAGUCGACAAUAAGCCAGAUUCAAAGGAGAACAAACCCAAUCCCAAAAUGUCAAAAGCACUAGGCACUUCAGCAAAGAGGAUCCAAAAGGAGCUAGCGGAGAUCACAUUGGACCCUCCACCUAAUUGUAGUGCGGGGCCUAAAGGUGAUAACUUAUAUGAAUGGGUGUCUACCAUCUUGGGCCCCCCUGGAUCAGUAUAUGAAGGUGGUGUGUUUUUCCUGGACAUACAUUUUUCACCAGAAUAUCCGUUCAAACCACCCAAGGUGACAUUCCGAACUAGGAUAUAUCACUGUAAUAUCAACAGUCAGGGUGUAAUAUGUUUAGACAUUCUGAAGGAUAACUGGUCUCCCGCACUGACUAUAUCUAAAGUUCUAUUAUCUAUAUGCUCACUGUUGACUGACUGCAAUCCAGCGGAUCCCCUAGUGGGAAGCAUUGCAACACAAUACCUUCAGAACAGAGAGGAGCAUGAUCGCAUCGCCCGCCUCUGGACUAAGCGUUACGCGACAUGAUUCCUUUGCCUCCGCCCACACGCCAAGGAACAACUAAAAGUAUCAUACUCUAAUAACCUUUCUGUUCUAAAUCCAUCUUUCUCACGUAAAUAUAAGCUUACAAUGUUAUCGAAGUAUCCAAUCACUUGUAUGCACAACUUGCAUCAUAUUUGAAAACUCUAGUAUUUUGUGUAAACUCGUAACAAAUAUGCUGCAAGUUCUGCUUUUGUUUAUAUGGCUUAUCAAUGUUUAGUUACGAUCAAUGUGAUGUCAAGAAACUUUUGAAGGUCUGACAUGUAAUUGAAGACUAAAAAAAUAGUAUGAUAUUGAUGGUUUUCUGUUAUAUUUCUAGCAGUAGUAAAUGCAAUGAUUUAAUGUAAUACUAUAAGGUAAUAAACAAUCUUGUGGUUGGGUCGAGUCAUGCAAUUUAUCAAGUAAUUUUUUUUACUGAGUUUCUACACACUAAACACUAAAGUUAAGUUGGUGAUCAACCUCACCAUUUUUAUUUUUUGUUGACUAUAUCUGUAAAUUUACUUUGGCUCGAGUCAAAACUCUUCACACUUACUCAGUUUUUUUUAUGUGUGAGAGGGUAAGGAUAAGCCAAUGUGAACUGAAUUGAUUUUUGCUUGUAAGUCUACUGUAGAAUACCAGUGAAUUGAGUCAAUUUUAUCGCAACAAAGCGAUGAUCUCAAAUACUUGCAAAUAGUUACAGUUAAGCGGUAUUAUGUAUUUAUCGUGACUUGCGAACCAUAUGAUUUUGGGAAUAAAUCGCAUUGUGUGCAAAAAUGUUUUGAUUUCAGGGUAAUUUUCUUUAUAAAAUAUUCUUUGUAGAGUCAGUGAGGAAAAGGGACAAGUUGUGACAGGCGAUUUAAGUUUAGGCAAAAUGAACCUGUUAUUUCAUGUAAAGUCUGCCUUCAUUUACUCCCAGUUUCCAUGUUUCAGAUAGUUUCAUGCUGCCUGAAACAAUUUUGUGUCAAACUUUGCAGUGAAAUCAGUACUUCAAACAAAUUACUAACUUCCAUGUAAUACGAAUUUUUAAGACAAAAAGCCAUAUGUGUAAUAUUUUUUGUCAUUUAGUGAGAUUUGGUUACAUAUAUACUGCUUUAGGUUUUCUUUUAAAUGAAUUAAUCAGUUUAUGGAUUGACUUCUGGUGUUUUUAUGCCAAUCCGUCAUUAGAUAGUUAUACUAUAUUUUCCCGAGUUAGAUAGUGAAAUUUUUUUUAAACAUUGCCGAAUAAUUUUCAGUGCAAUAAAAAAAUAAAUUAAAAUUUCCUAUCGGCUACAUGGGAAAGAAUAGCUACGUUACUAUAUUGGUCUAUAAAUAUAUAUUCAAAUCAGAAACCUAUUUAUUUUUAUAUGGUAACGCUUGUCAAUGUGUUUUUUAAUCUUGCUGUGGUGUGGUUAUUUCAAUUCGUUUUUAUAUUGAUUGCCAAGAGAUUUAUUUAAAACGAAACAUAUCAGACUUAAGUUUCCGAUAUUUGAUGAAGUCUACACUACAGCCCAACUCACAACUGCCUGUGACGUGCCAAAACUUGGGCACCUGGCCGCUCCACUCCGAAGUUACUGUCCUUAAUUCCGUUUAGAUUGUAAACAGUUAUUAGAUGUAAGUUAUUUUAUUGUCUAGGUAAUGUAUAAUGUAUGUCUUAACCCUAAUUAUUAGAAUUAGUAUCGUAAUGAUUUAGUGAAAAAUGUAUGUCGCUCGUAUAUGAAUGUUUUGGUGAUACCAAUAUGAAUUUUGGGAUAUUUUUGAUUCGAUGUGUUGAGUGGUGAAGUGAUGUAACUGGUGCUGUGAGAUUCAAAUGCUGGCGACAUACGACGAGAGAUGAAUACUGCGACUGUAUUCGGGACUGGAUAUAUUUUGUCGAAUGUGAUUUUUUAAUUUUUACUACAACUCGAAAUGUGUUGCUUGCAUACGACCGCUGUAAAUGUCGCGACUGAAGUUCCUCUUAACUCGAUGUUCAUAACUUUGAACUUACCCUUGUAAUCAUCCUUUGUUACAGUUCAUAUCAUGGUAUAAAAUAGGUGAAUAAAAUGUGUGUAACUAGGACACUGAUUGCUGUUUUAUUUCUUUAAUAUCAUAAACUGUAAUCAAACCAUACCACACGGCAAAGCGUUUUAAUCUUUGAUAUUAUAUUGCAAUUUAUUAGAAGCAGUCUAGUCUUGAUAUUUGCAGAGAUCACAUAUGGUAAUAUCCCUUAUUUCAAAACCGGUUAGAAGGUUGAGGAAAUAAAAGAAGUAUAUUGUAUUUGUAGAUAAUGCUGGUUUUUAUUACAAUAUAUCUACAAACACUGAUCUAAUAUUAAUUUCACAUCGAUAAAGUACAAAAAGAGAUAAAUUAUGACAUAGUAUUUUUUUAUAAUAGCAUCAUAUUCUUACGAGUUUUCUUUUCUAAGAAAACUAAUAAUAUUAUGUUUAAACAGUGCACCAUUUCUACUUUGAUUACAUCUAAUUCACAUCAAGUGGAAUAAGUUAUAAAAAAUUACGAAAAAUGGCAAAGGAUAUGGUGUUCACAGAAAUCUGCAUGUUUGGAUUUCUAUGCUAAUGAAAUCUAUUUUGGCUGUAGUUAUCUUCUAUUAGAAAUAUCAGUCUUCUAACACUGAGCACACCACUCAUUAUUUUUGUGAA